AUGGCGGAGGAGUUCUUCGGUGGUCCUCUGCGGCGGCUGUUCUGGGGCCCCGCUGCCGUGUUCAGCGAGUGGCGCGCCGGAGCGGCGGGGGAGAUGGACUGGAUUGAGACUCCCUCUGCUCACAUCUUCAAGAUCAACGCCCCAGGUACGCCCUCCUCCAUCGCCCCCUCCUAGAGAGAGAGAGAGAGAGGGCUAGCGUUAGGGUUAGGGCUGAGUGGUUCUUACGCCUGUUCUUAGGAUUUGGGAGGGAGGAGGUGAAGGUCCAGUUGGAGGAGGGGAGCGUGAUCCAUGUCCGCGGGGAGGCCAAGGAGGAGCCUAUCUCGAAGGAGGCGAUCUGGCGGCUGGCGGAGAGAGGGAAGGGGGACUUCUCCCGGCGGUUCCCACUGCCGGAGGACGCCAAGCCCGACCAGAUCAGAGCUCAGGUGGAGAACGGCGUGCUGACGGUGGUCGUCCCACGGGAGGUCGCCCCCCCCAGGCCCAAGUCCCGCUCCAUCACCGUCUCUAGCAAGCUCUGA